AUGUCUAAGCAAUUAUUAAAGGCACACGCGUGCGGGGGAAAAACACAGUGUCGCAUCUGCAAGAAACUUGUCACCACCCCGCAUUUCUGCUUCGUUCAAAAGAAGCCCAAGCCCAAACGCAACAAGGAAUUGAAAAUCUACAUAUAUUACGAUUUUGAAUGUACGCAGGAAAACGGAAUUCACACCCCUAAUCUCUGUGUGGCCGAACGCGUGUGUCAACAUUGCGACAGUUUAGACAUCGGCACGCGCUGUGAUUACUGUCAUGCGUUUGGAUCGCAACGCCGCUUCGUAUUUCAAGGCCCCGACACCUUAAAGCAGUUUAUGGACUGGCUGUUACAAUCCGAGACGGACGAGAAGGGUAAUGUGACUUUCAAGCACGACGAAACGACCGCCAUUGCGCACAAUUUCAAGGGAUACGAUGGGCAGUUCAUCUUGAACUAUCUAGUGCACACGGCCUGUAUCAAACCCACAGUCAUUCUCAACGGCAGUAAAAUCUUGUGUAUGGGAGUGUUCGGCUUGAGAUUCAUCGAUUCGUACAAUUUCCUCCCCUUUGCCCUCGCCAAGAUGCCCUCUGCGUUUGGCUUAACAGAACUGAAAAAAGGUUAUUUCCCCCACUUUUUCAACACGGAACAGAACCAGAAUUACGUGGGGCCUUAUCCCGAUGCCCACUACUACAAUCCUGACGACAUGUCGAUCGCCAAUCGUGCAGCCUUCUAUACCUGGUACAAUCAACAGACCGGGAAAGUGUUCGAUUUCCAGAAGGAAUUCUUGGCUUACUGUAUCUCUGAUGUGGAUAUUUUACGCCGUUGUUGUGCGCAAUUUAAGACGACACUCUACGGACUCUUACGCGUCGAUCCGUUUCAGGAAUCAAUAACUUUUGCUAUCACGGCUAAUUUAACUUAUCGGCGAGGAUUCAUGGCACAGGACACCAUAGCCAUCAUCCCCAAUAUGGGUUACCAACCCUCGCGCCGCUACUCAGCCAAGGCCUGUCGCUGGCUCACCUCCCUAGACCGCAACAUACGUCAUGCUAAGAACGGGGGCGAAAUCACCAUAGGACCCUAUACGGUGGACGGCUACGAGGAGGAAUCCCGCACCGUGUACGAAUUUUACGGCUGUUACUGGCACGGGUGCCCCACCUGUUAUCCGAAUCUGUUGACGGAAACCCACCCCCACCGAGUCCAGCAGACGUAUCAAACCCUGUACGAGCAGACCUUGAAACGCGCCGCCGCCUUAGAGCAACAAGGAUAUACGGUAGUGAGCAUCUGGGAACACGAGUUUGAUCGUCAAGUCAUAAACAGUCCGGAGUUACAAACAUUCCUAGGAGACCUCGAUAUUCAGGACCCCUUAAAUCCCCGCGAUGCCUUAUACGGAGGUCGUACCAAUGUCACGCGCCUGUAUUGCGAGGAGGGUGACAUGCGAUACGUUGAUGUGUGUUCUCUGUAUCCUUACGUGUUGAAAUACAGACCGUUUCCCAUCGACCAUCCUCAAGUCAUCACCAGCGAUUUCGCCGAUGUGAGAGAGUACUUUGGACUCAUUCAUUGCCGCGUCCUCCCGCCCCGGGGUCUGUAUCAUCCCGUGCUACCCUACAAGACAGGCGGAAAAUUACUCUUCCCCUUAUGCCGAACCUGCGCCAAACAGUGCAACUUAGGACCCGACGAUCGAUGCCGUCACACCGAUUCAGAACGCAGUCUGACCGGAACCUGGGUGACCGUAGAAGUACACAAAGCUUUAGAUCUCGGCUAUCGGGUCGAGCGCAUCCACGAAGUUUGGCAUUUUGAAAAGACCAGCCAGGAUUUAUUUCGAUCUUACAUCGACACUUUUCUGAAGAUCAAACAAGAAGCUUCGGAUUUCCCGAUGAAUGUCAGACGCCCGAACAGAAACAAGAAUACAUCAGUGAGAUCCGGCGCCGGGAAGGCAUCUUCAUGA